AUGAGGGUGCUGAAUGUGGCGGAGAAGCCGUCAGUGGCGAAGUCAGUGGCGAGCAUACUCUCAGGGAACCAAAAUCUGAGAAUGAGGGAAGGCCGAUCCCGCUACAACAAAAUCUACGAGUUCAACUACUCCAUCAAUGGCCUCCCCUGCCACAUGCUCGUCACCUCCGUCACUGGCCACCUCAUGGAGCUCGAAUUUGAAGACCGCUUCCGCAAGUGGCACGCCUGCGACCCCGCCGUUCUCUUCACCGCUCCCGUACGCAAGUUCGUCCCUCAGGACAAGUUGGAUAUCAAGAGGACGUUAGAGGAGGUAGCUAGGGGGUGCCAAUGGCUUGUAUUGUGGCUUGACUGUGAUAGAGAAGGAGAAAACAUUGCAUUUGAAGUGAUAGAAGUCUGCUCAGCCGUAAAUCGUCAACUUACCUUAAGGAGGGCUCGUUUCUCAGCUUUGAUUGAGAGAGAUAUCCAUGAUGCAGUGCAGAAUCUUGUCAACCCAAACAAAUGCUUUGCGGAUGCAGUGGAUGCUAGGCAAGAAAUAGACCUUCGAAUUGGUGCUUCGUUUACCAGGUUUCAGACUAUGCUGCUCAGAGAUGCAUUUGUUAUUGAGUCUGCUACAAAUGACAGAAAUCUUGUUCUAAGUUAUGGUCCUUGUCAGUUCCCUACACUUGGAUUUGUUGUGGAACGAUAUUGGGAGAUACAGUCGCAUGAGCCGGAGGAAUUUUGGACCAUUAACUGUUCACACAGAUCAGAUGAAGGCGUUGCUACAUUCAAUUGGAUGCGUGGACAUUUUUUCGAUUACACUUGUGCUGUUAUAAUUUAUGAGAUGUGUGUUGAGGAACCUACUGCUACUGUCACAACGGUGAGACAACAGGAGAAGCUGAAGUAUGCUCCAGCGCCUUUGAAUACCAUUCAGCUUGAAAAGCGUGCCUCGAUAUACUUUCGGAUGAGUUCUGAACACACAAUGAAGGUGGCAGAAGAGCUUUACCAAGCUGGUUUCAUCAGUUACCCUCGUACGGAGACUGAUAGCUUCUCUGAAAGGACCAAUUUGCAUGCGAUUGUACAAGAGCAACAAGGGCAUCCUGGAUGGGGAUCAUAUGCUCAAAGAUUGUUAGACCCUGCAUCCGGGCUUUGGAGAAACCCUAGGAAUGGUGGACAUGAUGACAAGGCCCAUCCACCUAUUCACCCAACCAAAUUUUCUUCCGGAGAAUCAGGAUGGAGUCAAGAUCACCAUAGAUUGUAUGAACUGGUUGUUCGCCAUUUCUUGGCAUGUGUCUCACAGCCAGCUGUUGGGGCUGAAACCACUGUUGAAAUCGAUAUUGCUGGUGAAUUGUUCUUUGCAUCAGGGAGAGUGAUAGUAGCAAAAAAUUACUUAGAUGUUUAUCGCUUUGAAUCAUGGGGAGGUUCAUUGCUACCAACGUAUGAAGUUGGACAACAGUUUGUCCCAACAACAUUGACUCUGGAUUCAGGAGUCACAAGGCCUCCACCACUUUUGAGUGAAGCUGAUUUGCUGAGUUGUAUGGACAAGGAGGGCAUUGGUACAGAUGCAACAAUGCAUGAUCACAUAAAAAAGCUGCUUGAUCGAUUUUAUGCAACAAAGGACUCAAGCAUGCGGUUCUCACCAACCAAUCUUGGUGAAGCGUUGGUGAUGGGAUAUGAUGACAUGGGGUAUAAACUCUGGAAACCCUACCUUAGAGCUGUUAUGGAGCGUGACAUGAAAGCAGUUAGCGAAGGUGCCAAGAGCAAAGCUGAAGUUUUGGAAACUUGCUUGCAGCAAAUGAAAGCUUGCUUCCUAGAUGCAAGGUUGAACAAAGUAAAACUCUUUGAAGCCAUGGCAGUAUUCUUUGAGAGAUCGAAUAGGUCUGGUGGAGAUGAGCAGCAUGCAUCUGGAGAGUUCGUUCGGCGAUGUGGCCUUUGCCAGGAAGCGGAUAUGGUGCUUAGGCAAAAUAGGGAUGGGAAUUUCAUGGUUGGAUGCUUGGGUUUUCCUCAGUGUAGGAAUGUUGUCUGGCUCCCUGGUUCUGUAUCAGAAGCAGCUGUAACAACUAACGUUUGCAAUUCCUGCACUCCAGGUCCUGUUUACUUGAUUCAAUUUACAUUUCGCCGGCUGGAAAUACCACCAGACUACAGUGCCAAUCAUUUGGGUUGCAUUGGUGGCUGUGAUGAGACUCUUAGACAGUUGACGGAAAUCUGUGGAACUGGUUCUCGGUUGUCAGCGAGAGGGCGUGGUGGGCCAGCAAUGCCAAACAAUGUCCAACGAAGUAAUACCAGGCAGGGUGCUUGCAUAUACUGUCAUCAAACAGGGCAUUCUUCAGGCAAUUGCCCUUCCCAAUCUUCAGGUCCUCGAAGUUCGAGGCCUCAAUCUAUGAAUGUUCAAAGUGCGCAAGUGUCAAUCUCAUGUAGCGCAUGUGGUGCACCGUGUGCUUUACGAACAGCUAAUACAACGACUAACAGAGGAAGAAAAUUCUACUCAUGUCAGUCGCAGGCGUGCAACUUCUUUGUAUGGGAGGAUAGCAUCAACAAUGGAAAUAGAGGAAGAGGUUUUCAGCGUGUAAAUGUUAGUGCCUCAGCAUCAAACCCCAGUCGGAGUGUUGGCCAUGGUAGAGGUGGCCGGGGUGCAGUAGAUGCUGCUGGUGUGACUUUUGUGUCAGCAACUGGUGAUCCCAUCUCUGGUAGAAGGUGUUUUGUCUGUGGAGAUCCAUCGCACUUCGCAAAUGCUUGCCCAAAUCGUGGUGUCUGA